AUGCUGUACAAUGCCACUGUAACGAGCGUGAGUGCGAUUGCAACGGGGAUAAACAAGGCGUACCAGACGUACACGGACUAUUACGAGCGUGACCAGAUCGAAGCUCUGAAGAAAUCUGGCAAGCGACCAGCCGACAACCUCUAUCUAGUGCUGCAGCGCUUUCAGUACCUCUGCAUGGCUGGCUACAACAACGAGGUUGCUGCUGCCGCCCAGAAGGCAGCUGCCAAGCUGGUGAGAGGGCAAUGGGCCUGUCAGGUGUGCCUUUCUCACCUGGGUGCCGACAUCAGUGUCACAGCGACGGCAGGAGAGAAGAGCUCAGUGGCUCAUGAGACGCUGCUGCUGCUCACCCGCGUGCUGACGUCAACGGCAGGAGAGAAGAGCUCAGUGGCUCAUGAGACGCUGCUGCUUCUCUGCCGCGUGCUGUCGUCAGUGUCGCAGCGGUACGGCGAGCAGUCGGGGCAGGGGUGGGGGCUGCAGGACUUUCUGAACUCGUCUCGCAUGGGCAAGGACCACUUUGACCGCGACCAGCUCGUCAUUGACUUCUACUUCGCCAUCCUCUUCGUCCAGGACGUGAGUGGGUGGCAGGCAGGGCAUGAUGUGUGUGGGGGACCCGAGCCGCAGUUUGAGCAAGCCAUUCGCGAGGUGACAGGGAGGCUGGUGGAGGGGGACAAAUACGUGUGUGGGGGACCCGGGCCACAGUUUGAGCAGGCCAUUCGUGAGGCAACAGGGAGGCUGGUGGAGGGGGAUAAAUACGUGGGUGAGGGAGGGGGGUUCUCUGGUGGCGGUGCUGCCUUCGGCAGUGCCUCCUCCUCCGUCCCCUCCUAUGCUGCUGUACCAUCCGCCAGCGCUCUACCCUCUGAUCAAGACCCCAAGAAGAAAGCGAUGAAGGUGGUGCAGGUGUUAUCUCAAGCCGUGCGAAAGGCAGCAGAGGAUGCAGACGGGCGCAAGCAGCGCUCCCUCAAAGAAGCAGAGGACAUGCUUCGACGCGAAAACGAAAAGGCAGCUGCGGCCGCCGGCGUGGCCUAUGCCGGACCUCCCGCCAAGCCUCUCAGCAGCUUCGGCGGCGGAGCCUCGGCAGCAGCUCCGGUCGGCGGGUAUGGUUCCGCGGGUGGUAUGGCGGCGAAGCCGAGUAGUGUGUCGAAUUGGAGUGGGGGGAGUGGGGCUGCUGCUGCUGCGCCCAGCCCUUGGGGUGGGGGAGGGGGGAGUGCGUUGGGGGGACCAGUAGGGGGAACGAUGGGGGGAGGUGCAGGGGGGAGUGUGUGGGGAGGAGGGGGGAGUGCGAGUGUGGGAGGGGGAGGGGGUUUUGGAGGAGGUAGCGGUGGUGGUGGGGGGGGCUGGGGGGGGAGUGCGUCAACAGGAGGGGGAGGGGGAGCGUGGGGGGCAGGGGGAGGGCAGGCAGGGGGGAGUGCAGGGGGGUGGGGGGGAACGACAGGGGGAAGCACGACGGGAGGGAGUUCUGGGUGGGGUACCGGCACUGGUGGCAGCUUGAUAUAA